AUGUUGGUAAUCGAACAGCAACUGCACGCCCGGAGACAGGAUGUGAGGUACGGAGACCCCUCGAGCCAGUGUCAGGACAUGAGAGAUGAUCAGGCCGAGCUGAAAAACAUUUACGGGGUGGAGGGAAACUCAACUUUCCUGGAAUGUAUCCCGAAGUCACCGCAGGCAUCGAUCAAGUGGAUAAUGCAGCCAACCCACAGUCAAUAUAGCAAAGAGUUGGUUGCAGGUGAGGAAAACCUUAUCCACAUGCAACGUGGUCUGCUCCUCCAGCGUUUAUCCUCUGUCAACGCUGGGCUGUACAUGUGCGUAGCCUACGAACAUUCGUUCUCCCGCACGUUACCCCGCCACGAGCUCCACGUCAUUCCCCAGAACCACAUGUCAAGAUCGCAAAACGCUCGACCCUCCGACUCGAAACCUGAUGGGAAUUAUGCGGCCUUGCCCCGGAGCUUCAAAGAACUCCAUUUGAUGGGAGUCAGCGGGUUAACGGCGGACGAGUACUGCGAACAGCUCUGGUACCGCGAAAAACGCAGACAACAAAAACUACAUACGUUGAAGUGGAAGCAAGAGGCAGAAAAUCGUAAAGCGAGAGUUAGGAGGCAAAAUCCCUCCUACGAACCUUUUGAAUGAGGUGAAACUUCAGACCUUUUAUAAGGAAAAAGAAAGUUUGACUAUUUGGACGAGAAAUUGCUUGCUUGUAGCUUAAUCUCUAAAGCUACAACCAUCAACAGCUACUGUUAGCAUGACAUCAAAGGGCUACAGACAAG